CGGUUCGUGGAUAAGAACGGGAGGUGUAACGUGCAGCACGGGAACCUGGGGGGAGAGACCAGCCGGUAUCUGUCGGAUCUCUUCACCACCCUGGUGGACCUGAAGUGGCGCUGGAACCUCUUCAUCUUCAUCCUCACCUACACGGUGGCCUGGCUGUUCAUGGCCUCCAUGUGGUGGGUCAUCGCCUACAUGCGGGGCGACCUCAACAAGGCUCACGACGACAGCUACACCCCCUGCGUGGCCAACGUCUACCCCUCCGCCUUCCUCUCCUUCAUCGAGACCGGGCCCACCAUCGGCUACGGCUACCGCUACAUCACGGACAAGUGCCCCGAGGGCAUCAUCCUCUUCCUCUUCCAAUCCAUCCUGGGCUCCAUCGUGGACGCCUUCCUCAUCGGUUGCAUGUUCAUCAAGAUGUCCCAGCCCAAGAAAAGGGCCGAGACGUUGAUGUUCAGCGAGCACGCCGCCAUCUCCAUGCGGGACGGGAAGCUCACCCUCAUGUUCAGGGUGGGCAACCUCCGAAACAGCCACAUGGUCUCCGCCCAGAUCCGCUGCAAGCUGCUCAAG